CAUCUACAUUCCAGCCUUGUCCUUGAUCCUUGUCAGCAUCAAUACCCGAUGACACACGACACAUUCACCAUUUACCCAUUCCGUCUUUUUACAAGGUUAGAAUUCUGCCAAAUGAAACUCUUCUGACACAGCUGGACUUGUGCUCUCACAGGAGUUGUUUGUGGUGUGUACACUCCUCGGCUGGGGACCAUGAGAUAACAAACCACCAUGGAAGAAGCGGUUACUUUCACCACUGGCGAGACUUCGACGCCGCCUGACCUUCGGAUCAUCCACUACAAUGAUGUAUAUCAUCUGGACUCGUCCUCGGCCGAGCCGGUAGGCGGUGUCGCCCGUUUUCAGACUCUGUGCAACUAUUAUCGCAAUGAUGGCCGAUUCAAAGGACAGCCGAAACUCAUCACUUUGUUCUCUGGAGAUGCAUUCAAUCCGAGCUUGGAGAGUAGCGUCACUAAAGGCAGUCAUAUGGUCCCUGUUCUUAACAUGAUAGGCACGGAUGCCGCCUGUGUCGGGAACCACGAUCUCGAUUUUGGAGUCAAGCAGUUUCGGAGUCUCGCUUCACGAUGCACAUUUCCUUGGCUUUUGGCAAAUGUUCUUGAUCCUCAGCUUGGAGAAGAUGUCCCCCUUGGAAACGCAAAGAAGACAGUCAUCCUUACAGCCUCGAAUGGCAUCAAGAUCGGCCUUAUCGGCCUCGUCGAACGGGAGUGGUUGGAUACUAUCAACUCAUUACCACCGAACCUCAUCUACAAAUCUGUCUCGGCAACAGCGGAAGAACUCGUCCCAGGUCUACGAGAGCAAGGUGCUGAGAUCAUCAUUGCUCUCACACAUCAGCGAGAACCUAACGACAAUAAGCUAGCUGAGAAGACACCAGAUGGGCUGAUUGAUCUUGUCCUAGGCGGCCAUGAUCACUAUUACUCACAUACGUUGAUCAACAGCACACAUGUGUUACGAUCUGGAACCGACUUCAAACAACUAAGCUAUAUUGAAGCACGGCGGCGGUCUGGGGAGAAAAGGAAAUGGGAUUUCCAUAUCGUCAGACGGGACAUCAUCUCAAGGGUGCCUGAAGAUCCGGAGAUGUUGCAAAUCACCGCGAAGCUGACGGAAUCGUUGAAAGGUAAACUUGAAAAACCUCUUGGAUAUACAGUGGCACCACUAGACGCGAGGUUCACCACGGUUAGACUCAAAGAGUCAAAUCUGGGUAACUUUGUAUGCGAUCUGAUGCGGUUACAUUACGACGGCGAUUGCUGCCUCAUGGCUGCAGGCACGAUUCGGGGAGAUCAGGUGUAUCCUCCAGGAAUGCUGAAAUUGAAGGACAUAUUAAACUGCUUCCCAUUUGAAGACCCGUGUAUUGUCAUACGUGUCACGGGUGAAGCACUACUAGCGGCUCUAGAGAACUCGGUGUGCGCGUAUCCCGCGCUCGAAGGCCGCUUCCCUCAGGUGUCGAAUAUUACUUUCGAAUUUGACCCUUCCCUGCCUCCCCAACACCGGAUCAAGUGGAGUAAGGUCGGCGGAGAAUCUAUCGAUCUUGAGAAGAAGUAUGUUCUCGUUACGAGAGGGUAUAUGGGACGAGGCAAGGAUGGGUUCGACUCGUUGCUCGUUCAGUCCGAAGGAGGCCAGGCAGAAGAGAUUGUGUCGGAAGAGAACGGUAUCCUGAUCAGCAUGUUGCUUCGGCAGUAUUUCAUGUCACUCAAGACUCUGGGCAAGUGGAAACACUGGGGCAAGAGCCUGAAUAGGCAUUGGAAGGGGAUCCAUGAUGAUCUGCAUGAGACACACCCAGUUCUCACGUCGUCGGCGACCUCUAGAGAGAAGGUGCCUUCUAAACGCAAACGGGCAGAUACUGUUGAGGUCUCUACGACGCCGCUCGACCAUUCAGAGGACGAGGGCGGUCGCCAUGAGAUCGUGGACAUACCAAGUAAAUGGAGCGAUGAUGAAAUAAGGAUCAUCAGACAGGUCAUGCGCAAAUGGCGACGACUUGCCGGGCUCAAGGGACAUUCCAAGUGCUGUGAUAACAUGAGUGAGGAAGAGUUCCAGGUUGACUGGACCAAGGCCAUUGCACCCAGAUUGGAAGGGAGGAUCCAGAUGACGAGGUCAGCCAAAGAAGGACAUGGUCAAGACUGAAGACGUCGACGAAGUUGCAAACUCAGCCUUGUGCCUCACAUGACCAAGCCUUAUCUGGCACCAGACACCUCGUGCGACUCGCAUCACGUACUCGCAGCAAUCUGUUGGUCAUUGGACGGGAAAACAGCUUUCAGCUUACGAGUGUUGGUAGGACUAGAUCUCGUUCCUGCAUAGUGCGGACAUACUCCGCGUUGAGCCGACAGGGACCGUAUUAGAUGUGGGAUGCC